AUGUCUCUCAAGAAUGGUACUGGGUUAGAUUUUGUAUCUACCCAUCCAUUUGUGAAAGCAACUCUGCAAGACAAGAUUCGUGGAGUCAUUUUUGGGUCUGCCCUGGGUGACUGUAUUGGUUUAUAUACAGGUUGGUUAUUUUUCCCCACGCGCCGUGUACAGAGGAGCUUACCAAAGUACCUAGAGUUCCUGUCUAAGAAGAUUGCCGAAGAUGCGUACCCUCAAGGUAGAUUCCAGCUAGUAGAUCCAGCUACUAAAUUCCGAAAUGAUGGCCAUAGGAACCAUGCUCUCUUAAUACUACUCUCAUAUCUACACCACAACGGACAGAUGCUCUCUCCCGCUGACCUAGCAAAACGUCUGAAAAUUUGGAUUGACCAAGGACUAAGGGCUCUAGAUCGCCCUCCUUGUGGUAUCGGAAAGACAGUGGGUUCGAUUGUCCUCGAUAAGGAAUACCUCACCAACCCAAGCCAGAAGGCACAUCAGUACUGGGUCAAAGGUGGUAGAAAUGUGGCACCGAACGGGUCUUUAAUGAGAACACAUCCUCUUGGUAUCAUAUGCCUUGCCUUUAGCUUGGAAAAAACCUUCCAGAUUGCUACCGAUUUUUCUCUGAUUACUCAUGCGGAUCCGCGAUGCAUUCUGGCAUGUUGCAUUUCCACCGGGCUGAUUCGUGGGAUAUUAAGAGGAGAAAUAUUGGACGAAAAGGGCUUGGAUACUCUUCUAGAGGACGCCUAUACGUGGGUCGACUCAUGGGUCCGGGAUGUUCGGCUGCCCAAGGAUGACGCACAAAAGGAGACUGACAGUGACAUAUACGAGCCUGACGCUCGGGAGUUCCUUGACAGAGAAGAGUUUGACCAGCAUGCCUACGCAAAGACCUUUUCUGAUCUACUCCUUGACGCUUCAUACAAAAUCGGGUACGUGUAUAAGUGCCUGGGAACAGCAAUAUUGAGUCUUCGAAUGGGCAUGCAAAAAUCACCCCAUGGCAGUACUCCAGGAACUGGAUCACCUCCCCCUCUCACCAAUUCAGCUAUUUUCGAGAACAUUAUCACAGAGCUUACAUAUGAGGCAGGGGACGCAGAUACCAAUGCAUGUGCUGCUGGUGCACUUCUUGGGUCCUGGCUUGGGUAUAACUCUCUUCCCUCUCACUGGAGAGAUGGUAUGGAUAACAAUGACUGGCUGAUGCAAAAGUGUAACUCCCUCAUCCAGGUUAUAGGGGCUGGAGAUGAUGGUGCUACACCAUAUGAUGGGAAAUUAGAUGCUGAUACCUCGCCUGAUGGGGGUAAAGGGCUAAUGAAUAAAGAAGAGCUGGAGAAAAGGGAUAGCGACAUGAUAGUUAAAUACAUGACUCGCCAUGCAGAAGGAGUUGCGGAGGAGAAAGCUCGACUAAAGGCGGAGGAAAAGCAGAAGAAAGGAUGGAAAAGUUUCUUGGGGUAA